GACGUUUCCAAUUGUCACACUUGUCAAACGUACCAAAAAAUACCUAUUAUUGUAGGUUGUAGGUGCGAAUAAUAAUUGUAAUUCAAUUUUGCCAGAAUAAACUGCUAAAUACGAUGAACAGAACCAGACAAUUGUUCGCUUUGAGUCGGGCUUUCCACACUCAAGUGACGAGAAACGCCGCCGUCGAAGUUGGACCGAGAACUGCCAGGCUAAAGGAGAUCCAAAAGAAGCUCCAGGUUGAAGAUGGACAACCCGUGCAUUUAAAAGCGGGUGUAAAAGACAGAUUAUUGUACCAGUUCACGAUCCUUCUCACUCUCGUAGGAUUAGGAAUGUCCGGGGAAGUUCUGUAUAAAUUGGCGACUGGAAAAAAGGAAUGAGAGGUGUAAUAUUUUCCAUAUAAGUAGAUGUUCUAUUGCAUUAUUAGAAAAUUUAAUAUUAAAAUAGUUUAAAAUUU